UGCUUUGGGCUCCUCUGCCUAUCCCAACUUUUGCGCCUUUGGCCAAUAUGUCGACAAUAUACUCGGCGAGUUAGGCGGUGAGCGUCUGUUGAAGAUGGCUUACGGCGAUGAAAUGUGCGGACAAGAACAGUCUUUCCGUAAAUGGGCACCGGAGGUGUUUAAGCUCGCUUGUGAAACUUUCUGUCUGGAUCCGGAGGAAAGUCUAUCGGAUGCCUCGCUGGCUUUACAAAAUGACUCGCUCACUGUGAAUACAGUUCGUUUGGUACCUUCAAAGACGCGUGGCACGCUCGAGGAGUUGUUGUCCAAGUUUCACAACAAGAAAGUCUAUUGCUGUCAAAUCAAAGAGACGCCGUUUAAUCUCACGAACAUUGGUAAUGGCGAGAAGACCACCAUACUUUUGAAGAUCAACGCACCCGGCUUGGAGUAUGAGCCCGGCGACCAUGUUGGCAUAUUUCCCGCUAAUCGUGCAGAAAUUGUUGAUGGCGUCUUAAAGCGGCUUACUGGUGUGGAAGAUGUGGACGAAGUACUGCAACUGCAGCUGCUAAAAGAAAAGCACACCUCAAACGGUAUUUUCAAGUUGUGGGAAUCACACGACAAAGUGCCACCUGACUCAAUGCGCAAUUUGCUGUUGCGUUUCUUCGAUGUAACCACGCCGCCGACGCGUCAAAUGCUCACACUGCUCUCUGGAUUUUGUGAUGAUAAUCAGGACAAGGAGCGUUUGCAGCUGCUGGCCAACGAUUCGUCCGCAUACGAGGAUUGGCGGCAUUGGCGACUGCCACAUUUGCUCGAAGUGUUGGAGGAGUUUCCCUCUUGUAAGCCACCCGCCACGCUGGUGCUGGUCAACUUAAUGCCGCUGCAAGCGCGUUUCUAUUCGAUUUCGUCGUCGCCGCGCAAAGUCAACAACGAGAUACAUCUGACAGUGGCCAUUGUACGCUAUCGCUGCGAGGAUGGCAUUGGUGAUGAGCGUUAUGGCGUCUGCUCCAAUUACCUGGCCAAUCUGCACGAGUCCGACGAGCUGCAUAUGUUUGUGCGCAGCGCGCCGAGUUUCCAUCUAUCCGCCGAGCAUGCACGUCCGAUUGUGCUGAUUGGUCCAGGUACGGGCAUUGCGCCCUUCCGUUCCUUCUGGCAGGAGUUCGAAAUGUUACGUGAAAUGAACGCCGAUAUGGCGCUGCCCAAAGUUUGGCUCUUUUUCGGCUGUCGCAAUCGCGAUGUGGAUCUGUAUGCAGAGGAGAAGGCGCAACUGGUGCGUGAUAAAAUGUUAGAUCGCGUCUUCUUGGCACUCUCACGGGAGCCCAACAUACCGAAGACUUACGUCCAGGACUUGAUUGAAAAGGAAUUCGAUUCACUGUAUAAGCUGAUUGUUGAGGAGCAAGGUCACAUUUAUGUUUGCGGUGACGUCACUAUGGCCGAGCAUGUUUACCAAACGAUUAGGACGCAAAUCGUUAUCACGAGGAUAUUUUCGGCAUCACGCUACGAACAGCUGAAAUACAUACCAAAUCGCGGGCUACGGCGCGUAUACGUAUGGCAUCACAGCCGUAAAGGAAGCAUACAUAUGUAUACCCUGGCGUAAAACAUUGUAAAAUCACACCUGAGAAAAUUAUAAAGCUUAAAAUUCAAAAUUUACUCAAAUUUCUAAACUUAAAAUCAAAAAUUCAAAGUUUACAAUAAAAUAUAGCACAAAACUUACUGAAAAAAAAUAUUACUUAAAUUGGAAAUUAUCUCGCGUGGAUUCUUCGAAUUGUACUAAAAUAUAUAAAUGUAAUUAUGUAAUUAUGCUAAUGGCACACAAUCACUGAACUACUCAAUUACAAAUUAUGCUGUUGUUAUACAUAUUUGCAAAACUUGUCCACUUGAGGCAAAUACACAAAUGAUUGUUUUAAAUAAUGCUACUUAGUUUCGAUUUGCAUAAGCAUUUACAUCUACUUAUGUACAUAAAUAUGUAGUUAUGUAUGCAUACAAACAUGUAUUGUUGUUAGGUAUUUAAAUUAAAUUCGAUGCUCGAAUUACUUCACACGCUAUCCGACUAUGUGUACCUUAUGCAAAUACAAAUACAAAUAUACAGACAUAUACAUACACACAUACGAAUACAUACUCACAACCAGUGUUGCCAAGUUUUGAGCUUGAAAAAGCACUAACACCUAAGAAAAAUCGCGUUUUUUUCUCGAAAAAAGCACCAAAGUUUUAUUCAAUACUCAUUAAUGGACUUUAUGCGCAUAACAAUUAUUUUUCGUAGGGAUGCCGAUUUAAAUAAAUGAAAAAAUUUUAAAUUUUUCUCUGACUGUUCAUAAGUUAAAUAUUUCUUCGUUUUGCAUAAUUUUUUCUACAAUUCCUCUCAAACGAAAGCAAAAACAAAAACUGAAGUUUCAUGAGCUAUGUGGUAUUUUAAAUCUAUACUGCGGUCUCUUAUGAUUUCGAAAUUUGAAUUCCCUUUUUAACGUGCCUUAUUUGAACGCAUAGUGGGAAAACAUAUGCUCGCUUACGAUUGUCAUUGUGCUAUGAUUUUGUUUCCAUUUUUGUAAAGUUGCUAAAACAUUUACGUUUGCUAUUAAUUUAGCUUUGAUUUUUUUUUUAAGAUUUACAG